AUUGGUAAAAGUUUGGGUCGAUGAAUACGAUUGGUUGUUGGCUUGACAAGCGUUGAAAAGUGGAAACAGUAAAACAAGUAUGGCAGUACAGACUGGGAGAGCUGUGGUAUUUGUGACCGGCAACGUGAAAAAAUUGGAAGAGGUAGUUCAGAUCCUUGGUGACAAAUUUCCCUACAAUCUCAUUUCCAAGAAGAUUGAUUUGCCUGAAUAUCAGGGGGAACCAGAUGAAAUUUCCAUACAGAAAUGUCAAGAAGCAGCGAGGCAGGUGGAUGGGCCAGUGCUGGUAGAAGACACCUGUCUGUGUUUCAAGGCACUAGAAGGACUACCCGGACCUUACAUAAAAUGGUUCCUGGAUAAACUGAAGCCAGAGGGACUGUAUAAAUUAUUGGCAGGUUUUGAGGAUAAAUCAGCCUGGGCGCUGUGUACAUUUGCAUUCUGUGCUGGAAAAGAGGAGCCAGUUCAGCUGUUCAGAGGAAUUACUGAGGGCUGUAUUGUUGAACCAAGGGGCCCAAGAGAUUUUGGGUGGGAUCCCUGUUUUCAGCCUGAUGGUUAUGAAAAAACGUAUGCUGAGCUCCCUAAAGAAGUGAAAAACAGCAUCUCCCAUCGGUACCGCGCCUUGGCAGCCUUGUCAGAACACUUCUCCAAGCUUAACGAAGCACCAGAGACCAAGCGCACAAAACACGACUGAGUAGUUCUUUUUCCAAGCCGAAUCGGCCAAUCAGAAUUCAUUUGGGCUCUUCAACAUGAAAUAGUCCAAUAAAUGAAUGAUCAAAAAUGUAUAGUCCAAUGGAGCUGUUCAGGUUGUAGUCCAAAAAUCCAGAAGAUAAUUCGCCAUGGGUUCCCUCUGGAUUUUCCUGUGUGUUUUUAUAAUGGGGUUUUAAACUUAUGAGUAAAAUGAGAUCUGUGGUAAACAUUACUUGAUGAUACGUGGACGUAACUCUGUAUAACAAUAAUAUCAUCCACUGUUUGUGUUUCUCAUUAUUAAUGGUACGCAGUCAGUGUUUUCACUGCUGUUUCUCGCAUUCUCUCUCUCAUUCACUCCUUUUUCUCUUCCUGUCCCUAUAUCCCCAGUGACAAAGAAAACUUUUUUUUUUUUGCCAUGUGCACAUGGAUGCAUCUGAUUUAGAAAGAAGUAUUGCAACCACCCAACACUCCACUAAAAAAAGGUUAAAGGGUAAACUUAUUUAGGAAUAAAAAAAGGAUCUUCUAAUUCUAAUGCUCAUAUUUGGGGUUAAGGAUUUAAAAAAAAAAAAAAAGGUUAAACUUUGGUGUGUGACUCAUUCUGCACAGUUUGUGCUAUGGAUGUGAAUAUUAUACUUGUUGAGAGUGUUCUAUUACUUUUCUAAGUGAUCAGAUGUACAAUAUUUGCCUGGCAGACAAUACUGAAAAAAACAAGGACAAAUCUCCCAUUUCUUUACAUCACCUAAGAUCCAGAAUUUCAUAGAGACCUGGGGGUUGGCCCUAUUGACUAAGCAAACAACCAAAACACCCUAGCAAUGCUAUAGCAUUCACCUAGCACUGUGAUAAAAGCACUGAGAAUGCCCUAGAAACACCAUGGCAUUGUACUGGUGAUUUCUGGUUGGACAAGAGCUACCAAUAUAAAACUCUACUUUAAUUAUUGCAUCUGUAUCGUGUACAUGAUCUUUACCAAAUAACAGGAUUUCCACAUCUACAUGGAAUAAAGACAUUAAAAUAUGUGUAUUGCAUGUAACAAUAACAAUAUGCGUUACACACACCACUUUGCAUAUACUGUAACAUUAAUCUUUGUAUAAGAAUAGGAGCAAUAAAUUGCUUUGGUUUGCA